AUGUCGAAGAGAAAACUCGAUGAAGAAGAUUCUCUAAGUACUGGUAGUUCUGACAGCGCCGAUAGUUUAGGAAAUGUAGAGGAUUAUCAGCGAGCAAAGCGAAAUCGAAGAGUUCGUUUCAGCGAGCGAACUGUAUUCCAUUUUCCCCGCACCCAAGGCUAUAUCUGUGUGCCUUCGAACGGAGGGACGACGCUUGGAAUGAAACAUAAACACGCUUUUGUCGAAAGGGCGCUUAUUUCGGACGACGAUCUGAGUGGCAGCGAGUCUGACGGUUCAUACGACAGCGUGGACAGCGACGACGAACAGUGUUUCAUGCCAAUUCCGCAGAAAGAUCGCAAGGACAUUUUGAAGGCGGCCGGCGUAAAGAAAAUCAAUAAACAAGAGGCUAUUGAGUGUAUGCAAAUCAGAUACUCACGACAGAUUUGCGGAUGCUCCUGUAAAGAACAGUGCCAACCAGAGACCUGUAGCUGUUAUUUAAAUGGAAUAAAUUGUCAAGUCGAUCGAGAUAGUUUCCCUUGUGGGUGUACGCGAGAUGGAUGUCAAAACCCACACGGACGCCACGAAUACGAUCCCAUUACUGUGCGUCGCCAUUUUAUCGAAACUGUUUUGAAAUUAAGGAGAGAAAAUUAUUUAUGGAAUCAGGACGUUGGUGAAAACAAUGAAAGCAAUUUGCAAGCUUCUAAUGCAGUUUUAAAUUUAUCUGGUGUAUCGUAA